AUCUAUAAGGAAGAACAGACAUACUUGCUUGAUCAAAGAUCAGUUCGGGUGAUAAUAAUAAGUAAAUGCUUUCUUCGAGAGUUUCUUUUUGGACAAAGUUAGACUUAUAGCACAACGAGAAAAACAAAAGAGAAGAAGACAAGAGAGCAUGCUCAUUACCAAACCAGUCAGUCGAGACCUUUCUUACUUCCAUUCUCUACUCAAAUCUUGUAUUCAUGGUCAUAUCUCUUCUUCUUCUUCUUCUUCUCCUAUCACUAUCUUCCGUGACUUACUCCGUUCCUCUCUUAUACCAAAUCAUCUCACCAUGUCUAUCUUUCUCCAAUCCUCUACCGCCUCUUUAUCACCUCAUCAUCAUCACACCUCUCUCGAUUCUUUCAAGUUACAAGUCGGACAAAUCCAAACCCAUCUCACAAAAUCAGGUCUUGAUCGUUUCGUCUACGUGAAAACAUCUCUUCUUAAUCUCCAUUUAAAGAUGGGUUGCGUGACGAGUGCACGAGCCUUGUUCGACGAAAUGCCUGAGAGAGAUACCGUUGUUUGGAAUGCGUUGAUCUGUGGGUAUUCACGAAACGGUUAUGAAUCUGAUGCUUGGAAGCUCUUUACCGUAAUGCUUCAGCGAGGCUUUUCUCCUUCUGCUACUACACUUGGGAAUUUGCUGCCUUUUUGUGGAACAUGUGGGUUUUUUUCUCAAGGGAGGUCUGUUCAUGGUGUUGCUGCAAAGUCUGGCCUUGAACUCCAUUCUCAGGUGAAAAAUGCGCUAAUUUCUUUUUAUUCAAAGUGUUCAGAGUUGGAUUCAGCGGAAGUAUUGUUUAGAGAAAUGAAAGACAAAAACACAGUUUCUUGGAACACAAUGAUUGGUGCUUAUAGCCAGAGUGGUUUACAGGAAGGUGCCAUCACUGUUUUCAAGAAUAUGUUUGAGAAGAACGUGGAGAUUAGUCCAGUCACUAUCAUCAGUCUUGUUUCUGCUCAUGUUAGUCAGGAGCCACUACAUUGUCUUGUUGUUAAAUGUGGAAUGGUGAAUGAUAAUUCUGUAAAUACUUCUUUGGUUUGUGCAUAUUCAAGGUGUGGGGAUUCGGAUUCAGCAGAGCGUCUUUACGCGUCUUCUGACCAAGAUAGUAUUGUUGGUCUGACUUCGAUUGUUUCAAGCUAUGCUGAGAAAGGAGAUAUGGACAUAGCGGUUGUGUAUUUUUCUAAAAUGUGUCAGUUGUGUAUGAAUAUUGAUGCUGUAGCUUUGGUUGGAAUUCUCCAUGGAUGUACAAACUCUUCCCACAUCGAUAUAGGAAUGUCGUUACAUGCUUAUGCGAUUAAAAGCGGAUUGUGCACAAAAACACUGGUUCUGAAUGGACUGAUAACUAUGUAUUCUAAGUUUGAUGAUGUGGAGACUGUCCUGUUUUUAUUUCAGCAACUGCAGGAGACUCCUCUUAUUAGCUGGAACUCAGUGAUAUCUGGUUGUGUACAGUCUGGAAGGGCAAGCACAGCGUUUGAAGUGUUCCAUCAGAUGAAGUUAAGUGGCAGAGCUUUGCCGGAUGCCAUUACGAUAGCAAGUUUGCUUGCUGGCUGUUCCCAGAUCUGUUGCUUGCAUUUGGGGAAGGAACUUCAUGGUUAUACUCUUAGGAACAAUUUUGAAGAUGAGAAUUUUGUUUGCACUGCUCUGAUAGAUAUGUAUUCCAAAUGUGGAAACCAAGUACUAGCGGAAACUGUGUUCAAUAGUAUAAAAGCUCCAUGUGCAGCAACAUGGAACUCAAUGAUAUCAGGAUAUAGCUUAUCAGGGUUACAACAUCGAGCUCUUUCUUGUUACUUGGAAAUGCGAGAGAAGGGGUUGAAACCUGACAAGAUCACAUUUUUGGGCGUUCUGUCUGCAUGUACUCAUGGAGGCUUUGUCGAUGAAGGAAAAAUAUGUUUCAGAGAAAUGGUCAAGGAAUUUGGAAUAUCACCAAGUUUACAGCAUUAUGCUCUUAUUGUUGGUUUGUUGUGUAGAGCAUGUUUGUUUACUGAGGCAUUGUAUUUAAUUUGGGAGAUGGAGAUAAAGCCUGAUUCUGCAGUAUGGGGUGCUAUGCUUAGCGCGUGCAUUAUUCAUAGAGAGUUGGAGGUUGGAGAAUAUGUAGCUAAGAAGAUGUUUAUGUUGGAUUACAGGAAUGGAGGGCUAUAUGUAUUGAUGUCUAACCUAUAUGCAACAGAAGAAAUGUGGGAAGACGUAGUUAGAGUCAGGAAGAUGAUGAAAGAUAAUGGAUACGAUGGUUAUUUGGGAGUUAGCCAAACAAUAUAAUUUCAAUCUAGGAAACAACGGAACAGGUUACUGAUACGUUCUGUUCAUGCCUCAGUAUUUGUGCCUCAUAGCGUGGCGAUGGUGAGGGGAAUUAACUGAAGAGAUCAAGCAGAAUAUUUUGUUGCUCAAGCUUCAUUCAUGAAGGUUUAUAGAAUCCUUGAUAAAGCCUUAAAGAAUUUAUUAUCGAUCGUCAACCAUAUCUCUAUCCGGCUGAAAACGACAGAAGAAAUAGUUGUGGUUGAUUUUUAUAUGACUUCGUGUGGGAGCUGCAAAUACAUUAAACAUUGCGGGGCUUCUCAGAGCUAUACCUUGGAAUUAGUGACCAAGACGCUCCAGUUAGUUUCCUUAAGCACAAGGUGAGUAUUCUUACUGUCCUCUUGAUGAAAAGAAUAGAGCUACUCAUAAUGUAUGUUCUUAUCUUCGAAGCUUGAACUGUAUGUAUACGUUAGCCUUUCAAGAAAUUAUACUGAUUUUUCAUGUUCUAGUUUUGUUUUUGUGGCCUGCAAAAACCACUUUGCAACUGGCUAAGAACUCUCCAGUAUAUGCAGACUAAAAUGCUGCAUUUGCGUAUCUUUUAGGUUCAACUUAUGAAAUUUUAUGGGUAGGAGUAGGACAUAGGUCAUUUUCAUAAUUUUGCCUCUGUGGUUAGUUUUAUUGCUUCCAUAUAUCUGAAAUCAGUCUCUCUCGCUUGUGACACUAAUGGGCUUAGAGUUGAAGUUUCUUGAAUUUUGAUGAUUUUUUUUCUUAUCAAUCUUUGAUGUAUGUAGCAAAAGGUGUUCAUGUAAUAUCUUUCGAAUACCCAUGCCAAAGUGGCAAAGUGGAUGGUUCUGUGUACUAAUUGGUUUAAUAUCUUCUUUGUCUGAGCUCUCCAUGUGAUGCAAUUGAUGGAUCCACAACUUUAGGAUCCAAGACCUAACUAUGAAUCCCACUGCUGCAUCUAUCGUCAGUCAAACCAUCUCUCUUCAUCUUCUCUUCUUUAGCCUUGCGACAGAACACAACCCAC